GUGGCGUUUUCUUCACAAAACAUCUGAUGACCUUCUGAUCUGGCAGCUAUUUGCAUACAUAACCUGCCACUAUGACCCAAACAGAGUCAGACCGUGAUGUACAAGGGAAUGCCAUUGAUGAGGCAGAAAAUGUUGUUGCUGGGGCAGUCGACACAGACUCAUUUCUGCCAGUUCCGGAAACUGAACUCAAAGGUGUUAAAGAUGUGCUAUCCAUUGUACUAGAUGAUGAAGCGGCAGUUGACUACAAAAAGUUGGGUCUCUGUCAUCGUCUCAGGGUUGAUCAUCCUUUCAGGAGACGAUUUAUCCAUUCAUUUUGGCUGUUCUGGUCAUUGUUUGGACUGGGCUGGAUGGUGGGGCUGGUAGGUCCGUCGUUUUCUGAUCUGCGUCAGAUUGUCAAACAAGACCUUGAUUCUGGUUCCUGGCUUUUCACCACUGCCUCUAUUGGCUACCUGCUGGGAUCCAUACUUGGAGGGAUCCUAUACGAUCGCUUCAACAAGCUUCUGAUCAUAGGUUUUUCCUGCAUCAUGAUGGCGGUGUUCACUGGGUUCCAGCCGUGGUGUAGAUCAUUCCCACUCAUGCUUGUAUUACGAUUCCUGUCAGGCCUAGGGGGUGGAGGCCUUGAUACUGGUGCCAAUGCAGACAUGGUCUCUAUAUGGGAUGAGGAAGGUCGGCCUUACAUGCAGGCAAUGCACGCAUUCUUUGGGGCUGGAGGUAUCGUCGCACCACUUGUGAUAGAGCCAUUCCUCUCGGAAAAGAUAAUGGAAAAUGUCACCAAUGGCAAUUCUACAGGAACUUCAGAGGAAAUAUUUGAUGUGGCACAGGAUUCACAGCCACAUUCCAUUGACAAAUGUGUCAGCUCGCUCGGGUCAGAAAUAUUCUUUUCCUCAAUUAAAACCGUGUAAUUCAAUGUUUUAUUUAAACUACAUUGUACAUUAGUUGCCCUCAGUCAGAGUCGAUCCAUUCCGCUAAUAGCAUAUAAUCAAGAUGACCAAAACUAUGUUCUGAAACCUUGUUCAUAUCUUUGUUUAGCAUAUUGCUCAACCUAUGUCUGCGUUUCAUGUUGUUCAUUUAUUUUUUACACUCUUCAUACAAAUUUGCAUAGAACGCCUCAUAAUCGAUAAAUGUCUUCAUGUCUUUAUAAUCAUUAGAGUAAGGACCAAGUUGGAAGGCACUAAGAGAUUCUUGGUCAGCGUUGACACUCUUUUCAGGAUCAAUGGAUGUUAAUGAUUUCUCAAUCAUCCUUAUGUAGUUUGUUUCAUUAUUUUCAGGAUCAAUGGAUGUUAAUGAUUUCUCAAUCAUCCUUAUGUAGUUUGUUUCAUUAUCAAUAAGUGCUGUCAUGCUGUCGUUAUUAUCUUUAAUGAGAUACAUUUCUCUUUCACAAACGUUCAUAUUCUGAUAUGUUUAUUGCAUAAAACAUUAUAUGAUCAUUACGUUAUGUUUAUUGCAUAAAACAUAUUGAAUUGAAGAGCAUUGCUGUUAUGAUGACUUAUACCAUACGUGUCAACUUAUUCUUCAAUACUGACCGUCCAGUUAGACCACUCGUUCUCUUCCAAGUAAAGAAUAUUUAUUUUUAAUACUGUAUAGAGACGUACGCGGCUAAGAUAGCACAAAAUUUAUUAUACUGAGACCAAAAAGUGUAAUAAUGAAUCAAGAAAGAAUGAUAAAGAGUUAAUUCAAAUAAUGAAAGAACAGGAGUAUGCCUUUACACACAUUUAUAGGUCCGACUGUCAAAAUAUUUACUAAGUCUUUAGAAUAUAAGUGGAAAAUAAUAACAAAAUAUUGAGACAAUCAACUAUCAAUGAAAGUAAAGAACAAUUUUUACCCUAUAGUACAACUUUUUUGGUUAAGGGAUCAAGGAUAGUCAUUAAAACACCCUACACUUGGAAAUACUCCUUACGGUUUUUGUAGUAUUAACUUUACACAAGUCGGUUCAAAUUAGUAAAAGAAAUAAGAAAUUUCAAUUUUAAAAAUUUUAAAUAGUGAACCACUGAAUACAUCUACCUGUGGGUCAAAUUAAAACUAUAUUUUUUCAAGAAAUGUAACAUGUCCAUGUGCUUUCGAUUAUAUAGCAGUCAAGUAUUUGCGAAGUACCCGUAUGCGAGUUAUUUGUUCCCAUAUAUGUUGCAAAAUCAUCGCCAUUGGCACGAAUGAUUCUGUUACUGGUCAAUGGAAGGGAGGGGCUUAAAAUCAAGUGAAUUUCCAAAUACCCACUCUAUAGUACACAACUUCUUUUUUCAACUUUAUGUCACUGUUUCGAAGAGCUGAGGUUGAAGUGAGUAAUAUAACAGGAAGUCAUGUUUUGUUGUUUUGUAGUUUUGAUGACAUAAUCUAAUAUUUCAGAGAUGACUUUUUCUAAAACAUCCUGUUGUUGGCUAUCCUGCGCGUCUUCUUCGCAUACAGGAUGUUAUUUGUUUUUUUCGCAUACACAAUUAAUAAAAGCCUAUUGCAAGUCCCCUGUUCUGUUAACAGAAAUAAAAUAGGAAUGAAUCAUUCUGGAUUUGACCACUUUUGUUCAUUUACAUUGUGUUUUGUCUUACUUAGGAAGUCUGCACUUUUAAGAACAUUGGCUUUCCAAGUGAGACAGUUUAAAAUUAUUAUUUGAUAUACAAGGUGUGAAAGAGAAAAUUUUCUUUCUGCUUCCUUAUUUUAAUGUCACUUGGGUUGCUUAGCUGAUUUACCCUCACCUUUGGGAAAGUCCUGUUCACCGAUCACAUGUAAGAUAUGUCAGAAGUUCACCAAUUUUUAAAUCACAAGGCGCUGUAGUUAACGGUCUAUGGAUAGUGUUGAUAGUAUUGUUGGGUAAAAAGAAUCAAUUGUAAUUGAAGUUUUGUCUGAAUCAAAAAUAGGUAUAAUUGGGGUAAAAUUAUAUAUGAUUGUGAAUAGGUUUUUUUAUUGUUGUUAUUUCAUUUAGAUAUGCACUUUUAUGUUUUAUUUUUAUAACUGGUAUUUAACAUUCCAUUUUAACUAGUCAUGUGUUUUUUCUUUGUUAUUUUACAUGUAGAAUAAUGAUAACAUUAACAGGAAUACUUUUAGUGUUCAUCUGGAUAUCAUUGUUUUGUAUUGAGCUAAAUAAGAUGUUGUUUUUGUUGUUGUAGACCAUCGUUCACUGUUUAUAUUUGAAUAUUAUUUAUUCACUUUGAAAAUGCAUGCAGUAUGAUUCUAGAUUUGCAUGAUUGUGUUAGUUUAUAUAAUAAUGUGUUUUAUUGUAAUUUAAUCGUGUACACAUGAAUACCAUGCUCACUGUGCAUGUAUAUCUUUGUUGACCACGUGAUUUGUCUUGUAGUAAAAUGAAUAUAUUUCUUGUUUUAUUUUUGGUAGAUAGAAAUACAGUAUGUGUC